AUGGGUUAUGCUGCUGCAAGAUAUGGUCAUGUGAUGUUUCCAGAGAAUAUUCAUGAGCCUGCUCUUCGUUCUGCAGAAAUUUUACUUGGAGGAGUUGGUAAAGGUUGGGCUUCUCGAGUCUAUUAUUCAGACAACGGAUCCACUGCGAUUGAAAUUGCUCUGAAGAUGGCAUUUCAUAAAUUUUCUCUUGAUCAUGGAAUUAUGGAUGGCAGUGAAAAUAGUGCAAGAAAUGAAAGAAACAUUCAGUUGAAGAACCAGCUGACAAAAUCUCAGUACUUUUCCAUGCCAUUUACUGCUUCAACCUCAUUAGCCCAUAUUUGUGUAGUAAUACAAGGUGCAGGUGGAAUGCUCAUGAUAGAUCCUCUUUUCCAGCGAGUACUUGUCCGUGAGUGUAGAAGUCGAAAAAUACCUGUCAUAUUUGAUGAGUUUAGCACUGAUUCUAUUUUGGUCCUGCUUACGGCGCUCUUACAUGGCCAUUCCUACACUGCUCAUGCCAUGGGCUGUACUGCAGCACUAAAAGCUAUGCAGUGGUACCGGGAUCCAUCCACCAAUUCGAACCUUGAUACUGACCACAUGAAGCUCACGGAGGCGUACGCUUCACUCUACGCAAGUUCCUUGGUGCAACAGCUCCGCAAAGAGGAUGAUAUUUACAUUAGGCCCCUGGGUAACGUGAUAUACCUCAUGUGCUUCUAUGCACACCCCAAGAUAGCUGCACUCGACAACUCCUCAAAGUACACCGCAGGCUUUGUGAGCUCAAUUGAGCCGGCUGGGAAUAUAGUUGAUGAGAGCAGAUUUUCGGAGUGGAACAGCCUUGUGCCAACUUAA